UAUUUUUUAAUUUUUUUUUAGUAAUUUUUUAUGUAUUUAUUAUGAGAAAAAAUUUCAAUUCCAUUCUAUUUGAUCCUGGAGGAUCGAAUGUUUCAAUGACAUAUCAAGGAACUAAAUUAAAAAGAAAAGCUUUUGGUUAUAAUAAAAGAUGUAUUGAACCAGGAAUACAAAUAACUGAACCUAAAUAUAAUCCUAGAGUUCUUGUAGGAAACUGGUUUGAAGAACAAAUUAAUUAUGAUCCUAUGAAUGAAAAUAUUGAAUAUAAUAAUUUAAAUAAUGACAAGCCUCAGAAGAAAAUUACAGCAGGGGAAUUCGCUCGAAUAGUUAAAACUAAGAACAAAGGAUUAGGAAAAAGUUUAAUUAUUCAACCUAAUGAUAAUAAAUAUCUCGAUAAUUAUUCAACCACCUAUGAUUUAAUGUACCGAGUCUUACCCCAACGUUUAGAUGGUCCAAGAUUACGAACUUAUAAUGGAAGAAUAAAUAAAUGGGUUCCUCAGCAAGAUAUUACUGAAAGUUUUGGAAACAUUACAGGAUAUGGAAUGAAAGAAUAUGUAAGAGCAUUACAAGAGGAAGCAAUUUAUGAAGCAUAUGACAAACCAAGAACUCUUUAUCAGUGUGAUUAUGUUAAGAAAGAAAUUCCUACUGAUAUAAAACGAUUCCAUAAGAAGCGAGUUGAUCUUUAUAAACCAAACUGGUAUGAUCUAGAAGUAGAUUCAAGUAUGAAUUCAUCUUGGAAUCAAACUUUUGUUUCAAAACAUAUGAAUUUGUGUAGAAGGGUUGCUUGUGGUAGAUAUUGAAUGUCAAUAAAAAUGAUAAUAUAUUUUAAUUAUUCAAGAUAUUUUAUUAUCGAAAUGAUUGAAAUAUAGCAUAAAAAAUGCCAUAAAUGUACAAAUGUACAUACAAAAAAAAAUGAUACAUUUGAUAGUACACUUUAAUUUCAUUGGUGAAACGGUAUUAUUAUGACUCUAGAUGAGUUUAAUUAAUAAAUAAAUACAAAGUAACCACUUAUUUUAUACACAUCAAUUGAAUACAUAUUAUAACAAUAUGAAAAAGAGAUACAACUUCAAAAUAUUUCUAUUAACACUAGUAAAAAUAUUUCCCGGCAGUGUUUAAUUUUCAAUAACGUUUAACGGAAGCACUGUUGUAAAUUUUUUUCAAUUUACAAAAAAAACCGGAGAGUAUGUAUCCUUGGUUUUUUUAACACCAUUAUUUCUUAUGAAAAGUAUUUCAAUUUAUU